AUGCCCGCCAACCAAGCCGUCAAGACCAUCACCGCAGGCAACGCCCAGGUUGUUGACGUCGACAUCCCCAAGCUGCCCGCCGAUGACUACAUCCUCGUCAAGACGACGGCGGUGGCCAUCAACCCCACCGACUGGAAGCACGUUGACCUCGCCGACAAGAUGCCCUGCGAGAACAGCUGGGUCGGCUGCGACUACGCCGGCGUCGUCGAGGAGGUCGGCUCCGGCGUGACCAAGGCGUUCAAGAAGGGCGACCGCAUCUGCGGACCCGUUAAUGGCUCCAAUGGCCUGCGCGAGACGGACGGCAGCUUUGCGCGCUACAUUGCCGUCAAGGGCGACUUGCAGAUCAAGACACCCGACAACAUUAGCGAUGAGGAGGCCGCCACGCUCGGCAUUGCCGUAUCCACCAUUGGCCAAGGACUCUACCAAACCCUCAAACUGCCCCUCCCAUCCUCCCCCGCCGAAAAGCCGUUCCCCGUCCUCAUCUAUGGGGGCAGCACAGCCAUGGGCAUCUCGGGCAUCCAGUACGCCAAGCUCUCGGGCCUCACCGUCGUGACGACCGCCUCGCCCCACAACUUUGACUACGUCAAGUCCCUCGGCGCCGACGCCGUCUUCGACUACAAGUCGCCCACCCUCGUCGACGACAUUCGCGCCUACACAAACGGCCAGCUCAGGCACGCCUGGGACUGCCAGUCCACCAACGAGUCGGCCCUCCUCGCCGCCCGCUGCCUCGCAGACGAAGGCGGCCACAUUGCCACGCUGCUGCCCGUGUCGCGCACCAAGGUCGCCGAGGUCAACGACAAGAUCAAAGUCGAGCUCAGCAUGUACUACACCAUCUUUGGCGAGGAGUACACCUACUUUGGCACGCAGCCGGCCGUCAAGGAAAACUACGAGUUUGGCAAGACCUUUUGGGAGCUCAGUCGCCGUCUGCUGGCCGAGGGCAAGGUGAAGCCGAUCCGCGUCAUCCCGAACCGCGGUGGCGAGGGGCUCGAGGGCGUGCUGGUUGGCUUGAAGGAGAUGAAGGAGGGCAAGGUGAGCGCUGGAAAACUUGUCUACACGAUUUGA